AUGUACAACGUCACGAUUCUCAGUUUGGGAAAUACGACCAAUAGCACGGGCGGAGAAGGACAUGUUGCUGCGGGAGGGAAAUUGAGUCCGUUUGGAGAUAUUGGAGUCGGAUGUGGAGUGAAUUGGGAGAAUGAGGUGGGGUAUGGAGGUGGUAUCGAUGCUGGUUCUUCGGAUUUUGGACUCGGUGGAGGUUGGAAGAUUACGCCGACGACUUUGGAGCUGGGAACGGGAAUUGGAAUUAGUGCCGACAACUCCAGCGCCAAUGUCAACUUCAAGGGUAGUACCAAUGGUACUUUUGAGCUUCGCUUUGAGUCGACUGCGCAAUUUGCCUGUGGAACGCCUGCAAAGGCCGAUGGCAAGUGGUCUGUGAUUUGCAGCACUACAGCGUAG